UCCGUUCGUGGUUUGGAAGUGGUUAUACAUGGUUAUACAGGUUAUACAUUACUCUAGUACUCUGUGCUAUAGUGCGACUCGUUUCAGAAAUUACGAGACGUAAAAGUGAAUAUUUUGAACGAUUUCGAAUAUUAAUAGAGCACAGGAAGCGAACAGCACUUUUUAGUAUUUGUAAACUGUAAAAAGUGAACAUCAUGGAUAUGUUAUUGAAAUGGAUAGGAGUGUGGUUGUUAAUAUUGUGGCACAAGGAAAAUUUAUGGGUUUGCUGUGGCGAUGACCCUCAAAGUUACAGUCUCCCUGCUGGAAAUGACCGUAAUCCGAAACCAGUUAGUACAGAACUGUCUGCUUUGUUUUCAUCCGGAAAUGAUACGGACAACGUAAAGAAGGAAACAGAUGAGGUUAAGUUGAAAGGUGACUCUGUCAACAGCACAGUCCUUUCAAUGCAAAAUAGAGCUCCUGAACAUAUUGUAAGCAUGGAAGGUGGUAGUGUGACACUACACCCAGACAAUUCACAUCUUGAUGAGGGUUCGAUUUCCAGCACACAGUUAUCAGAUAUGUUAAGUGCAUAUAAUAGCAGUUUUUCGGCCGUUGACCAUGACAACAGAACUUCAAGUACCAUGCCCCGGAAAGGAGUUACAUAUAAACCGAAUGGUCAGAGUUACAGUCUCUUCACGAGAAAUGACCAUGAUCCAAAACCAAAUAGUACAGAUGUGUCUGCAGUGUUUUCAUCUGGAAAUUAUACAGAGAAGCUACAGAAAGAAACUGAUCGUGUUAAGUUGAAAGGUGACUUUUCUGUCAAUAGCACAGUUGUCACAAAGCCAAAUAGAUCUGGUGAAUACACUGUAAGCAUGGAAGGUGGUGGUGGUGUGACACUCCACCAUGACUUCUCAAAUCUUGAUGCAGGCUUAACUCCCAUUACUGAGUUACCAGGUGUUUGAAAUCCUGUAUUCUGUCAACUAAGGCUCCUGCCUCUGCAACUUUUGUUAUGUUCUUUCAAUAAUGUCCAUGAAAUGAAUGUAUAUUGAAAAGGUUGUAUCUGACUGCAGCUCUGAAAAGAUGAAUUUUUUUAACCCCAUACCAUACUACAUUUAAACCUUACUCAUUUAUGGGGAUGCAGAAACUUUAAAAUGAGCUGGAUCUUAUUGCUGCAGUAGGUAAUAAUAGCCUGCAUCACAUGAAAGAAAAGCAUUGUAUAGUUAAAUUUGGUGUUUACGGAGGGGGGAAUAUACACUAAUAGUCGUGAAGCAAGUUUAAUUUUGUAUCAUAUUCAUUCAUGUAACCUGUUUCACAUGAUGCUUCAAUCCAGUAUCACAGAUAUCAGAAUUGCUUUAUAUAUAUAUAUAUAUAUAUGGCAUGAAACAUAAGGCCUUAACAAAUUUUACUUGGAACGUUUUUUGAUAUAAGGAAUAUUUAACAAAAUAUAAAGGAAAAAAAAAUUUGACAGUACAGUAUGUUAUCUGUAGUGUAAUUAAUUUUCAAACAAAUGAUAUCUGCAAUAAAUGAAGACUGAGGUCAAUAAUGUACCAACUGUAAUCACAGAGAAUUUAUACACUCUUGGAAUGUGCCUUAUUCAGGUAAUAUCCCAGAAUAAUUAUUGUGCUCAAGACUCAGACAGACGAGAUGUUGUUAUAAACACAUAUUACCAGUGCAAAUGCAUAUUAUUUUCAUAUUCUGGCUUUGAAGUUAAGAAUAUGUUCUAUAGAAAGACUUUUUUGUCAUUUUGCAUCAAUGAGCAAUUUGCUUACUCAGUAUACAAGCAUGGUCAUUAUUUUGCAGGUACUCGUAUUUAAGUGCAAACAAUAUAUUUUGUGUCUUUGAUCUUGCUC